CUAUCUCACUAUUAGAGCCUAUGACCAAUGACCCAGUAAAUUAUGUGCGUCAAGGAGCUUUGAUUUCAUCUGCUUUGAUUCUUAUUCAGCAGACAGAACAGACAUGCCCUAAGGUGAAAGAUUUUCGCCAGCUGUACAGUAAAGUAAUAAGUGAUAAACAUGAUGAUGUUAUGGCAAAAUUUGGUGCUAUUUUAGCUCAAGGAAUAAUUGAUGCAGGUGGAAGAAAUGUCACAAUUUCUCUACAGUCUAGAACAGGUCACACAAACAUGGCUGCAGUAGUCGGAAUGCUAGUUUUUGCACAAUUUUGGUACUGGUUUUCUCUGUCCCAUUUUCUGUCUUUGGCUUUUACACCUACUGCAAUUAUUGGUUUGAAUGCAGAUUUGAAGAUGCCGAAAAUGGAGUUUCGCUCCAAUGCCAAACCAUCUACCUAUGCCUAUCCACCAGCUUUAGAAGAAAAGAAAGAAAAGGAAAGAGAAAAAGUAACAACAGCUGUGUUGUCUAUAACAGCUAAAGCGAGAAAGAAGGAAGUUGAGAAAAAAGAAAGGGAAGAAAAAAUGGAAGUGGAUGAAGACAAAAAAGAAACAGAAAAAGAAGUUAUAAAAGAAGCAUCUAAAAGUAAAGAUUCAUCUAGUAGUAAAGAAAAAGAAGGCCAAAAAGACAAAAAAGACGAUGUCGAGAAAGACACAGAUGACAAAAAAGAGGAGAGGAAAGAACAAGAACCUCAUUUUGAAAUUUUAACAAAUCCAGCAAGGGUGAUGAGACAACAGCUUAAAGUGUUACAAAUUCCUGAUGCAUCAAGGUAUCAACCUUUGAAAGAGGUAUCUAUUGGAGGAAUAAUAAUGAUGAAAGAUAAUAAAAGUGAAGAUCCUGAAGAGCUCGUUGAGCCUGUUGCAGCGGGAGGACCUAAAGUAGAAGAUGAAGAUGAACCAGACCCACCAGAAGACUUCGAAUAUCUUGAUGAUUAAUGAACUCUAUUUAUUUCUUUCAAAACUGUUAUUCAUUUAUAUAAUAAAGAACUUUUUUAAC